CACAGCUGAUUGAAAAUUAGGUCAAAACUUGUCGAGUUUCGUUCAACAGCUGCUCUCUUUCUUCAGCAUGAUCUUCCUGUAUAGUGUUCAUCUUUCUGUCCUUAUUAAAAUAUAUCAGACGAAAGCAAACACACUUAACAAAUGGUCUGGUACCAAAACAAAACGCUUGCUACAGAGGCUGAAUGAUUAACUUGUCAGAUCAGAGCUGACUGCUAUGGUCGCCGGGUACUCUAAUUCUCAUUCAUCAGAGGACAUGUUGACAAUUUGAUACAGUCCAUCUGUAAUAAUCAUCAAACCAUUGUAUUUUUGCCAACCUUCAUCGAGGCUUCAGAUAACAAGAUAUGUGUGCUUUCAUGCUUGACGGUUACCAGCAGCUGGCCUGUCCGUCCUUGGCCACGAUGAAGCCUGUCCACAACCACCAAUGCAACAGUAACAUGGCAUGUAUUAAUUGCUCGAUCCUCACAGGUCUUUCAUAGAAGAUUGCCAUGUUGUCAACACCAAACCGGUUUUGUCCUUCGGUCAAUUGAACAACGGCUCUUGGACAGUGUGUGUCAGUUAAUAUUCGGCGGUAUUUACGGCACUACGUAACGGUCCCCCCUGCGCUUACGUCCACCAGGACCAUGGCGGAAGUGCUGUCUAUGUUAGGCUACAAGGAAGGAGGGGGAAUCGCGAUACUAGUUCUUGUGCUCACAUUAAUCUUGUGCAGAAAGAAGCAACGAGAAUGUCACCCGGAUUCCAAGACUUCCAGUGAUAUGGAUGAACCAUUGGUUGUUUUGUACCAGAUAGGCAGAGGCCCUCAUGCUCCAAGUCCAUCUCCAUUCCCUGUCAAACUGGAAACAUUUUUGCGGAUGGCGAAAAUUCCGUACAUGAAUGAUCACUCCGCGAAGUUUUCCUCGAAGGGAAAGACACCUUGGAUUGAGUACAGAGGUGUGAAGAUCGAGGAUUCUCAGCUUGCCAUAGACUACCUGAGUCGGGAAUUAGGAAUAGAUGUCAACGCAAAGCUGAAGCCUGAAGAAAGGGCGACGGCAAGGGCCUUCCAGAAGAUGACUGAGGAGAAUCUGUACUGGUCUAUGUGCGCUGUGACUUUCAGCGAAGAUCUGGACCCUCUCAGAUCUGUUCUGCCGUACACAGGAUUUCAAACUGUGGCUGGUCACAAAACUCUACAGCGGACAAUCCGUAAGGAGAUGUGGGGACACGGCAUCGGUCGUCACAGCCCUCAGGAUAUCUGGACCAUCGGCAAGGCGGAUAUAACCGCUCUCUCCGAUUUCCUCGGCGACAAGGAAUUCUUCAUGGGAGACCAUCCUACAGAGGUAGACUGUACGGUCUUCGGCAUGGUUUCUCAGAUGAUCUGGCACAUGCCCGGCUCUCCGCACGAGAUUUUUGUUAAAGAAAAAUGUCCAAACCUGGUGUCUUUCUGUGGCAGAAUGAAGGAGAAGUUUUGGCCAGACUGGGAAUCUUGCAUUACUACCGGAAAAACAUUCAACGGCAACAACUAAAUGGGCAGGGAACAACUCUUCGUUCGCUUAACUUCCUGGUGAAACACUCAACAAUAUGAAGAUGUCUUAAAUAAAGUUUCAAGGGCAGUUCUUUAAGCUAUUUGGUAAGCUUCUAGAAAAAAAAACAAUUCCAAUGUAUGUGUUUUAUUAUUACAUCAAACUCAAAGUUAUUUAACGUACUAGUACAGAAGGUCGGAUAAAGCCACCCCACCUCAUCAAGCACCUGCCGAUGGGAGGUGUUAUCAGCAACCUGCCUACAAUGCGAUAUCAGUAGUCCGGAGUUUGUGGUCAAAACAAAACAGCCUUGUAAAACUCUAGACCAUAGACCGAAUACUCUCGUAAAUGCUAGGUCCAGGCUAAGUAAUGGCACUACUCAUCAGGAAUUGUCCAAAAGGGCUGUGAAUGACGGGAACGCUGAAUAUUAUCGUAAAUACUAGGUGCAAACUCAGUGAUUGAAUUCAUAAAAAAUUGUCCGAAAAAAACUGUGAAUUACCCUGGUUGGAACGUAGUAUAGGUGAUAUAUUUGCGACACAAUCUCAACAACAGUGGAUUUAAAUUAGUUGCUCAUUUAUGAUCUUGUUAUUCUACUCCGUAUGCUCAUUACAUGUAUAUCUGCUAUGAUUUCUGUUCAUAAGUAAGAACACUCCUUGUAACCUCUGUAUAAUGACUUCGAUCAAGUUGGAGUUUCAUUCACCGCAGGGUGGCAAGGGUAUCAAAAAAGGCAAGCCGUUAUCAUACAUGUACUUACACAUAUCCUACUUUGGACGAGAUGUUCGAUUUCUUUAAGUCAGCAUUCUCAUGAAAAUUUCUCAUCAAAGAGUUGAAUAUGUAACAUUUGAAAA